UUUCUUAACUUUCCGUGCGAUGCGCUUGCCGCAAAUCUUUAACAGUCUGCAAAAGCGUUUUCAAAAAAUGUUUGAAAAAAACAACGAGGGCGGCGACAGUGCCAAGCCCAGCAUUCAGGAUAUUGCGGGUCGACUGGCGGAGGAGCAGCAGCGACUACGUCAACUGGAGGCCACUACGAUGCCCAAGGAGCGGACACUUUUGGUACUCGGAAGCAAAUGUGUGGGCAAAACGACUGCUAUUAACAAGUUCUUUGAUCGCGAGGAACACUCGACGCGCCCAACUUUGGCAUUGGAAUACAGUUUUGGCCGAAGAAUUGGCAGUGGAAAGACACCUCAAGUGAUGAAUGUUUGGGAAUUGGGAUCCCUAGACAAUGCUGAGCAAUUACUAGAAGUUCCUAUGAGGACACAUGGUCUGCAGCAACUAGCUGUCUUCAUAAUGUUAGAUCUCUCGCAACCACAAAGAUUUUGGACUGAUUUAGAAUGUGCCUACAAAGGGCUAAGGGAUACGGCACAACAGAUGAUGCAGGACCUAACACCUGAUCUCAGGGAGAUCCUUGAGCAACGAACAGUGGAGCGAAUGGGUCAGCAGAGCAAAGAGGAUUUGGGAAAUCGUGAGCCGCUGCCCUUUCCAGUAGUAAUUGUGGGAGGCAAAUACGAUAUAUUUUCCGGCUUAGAUCCAGCAAUCAAAAAACACACCUGUCGCUGCUUACGGUCAAUGGCUCACCUAAUUGGUGGCGCAUUACUAUUCUAUUCCCAGCGAAUGCCCAAGCUGGCCAAGGUUUUAAGAGACACCAUUAGCCAUAUGGGUUUUGGAAGUCCCGCUCAUCCGUUCCGCUCUCAUGUCGUGGACUUUAAUGAACCUCUUUGCAUUUGGUUUGGUACAGAUAGUUGGUCAAAGAUUGGAGAUAGUGAAGUACAAAGUGUGGAGGGGAUUGGAGCCACAUUCGGGGUUGGAGUGCCACAAUUAGAGCUGGAGAAGCAGAAGCUAGAGGAGACUCCAGAUCCAGCAAAGGAUCCUGGUUUCAAGGAGUCCCUCAUCGAUGAAAUGCGAUCGCAAAAGAAUGAGGAACUAGCUGGUUUAAUGAGGGAUGUCCUCCUCCGUGGCAAAUUCGAAAGUGUUCAAAAUUAAUAAAAUGGUGGGAUCAAUCAAAGUUGUGUACCUCAAAGUAUUAAAAAAUAA